GUGUACUAUAUCUUUGGCACUCGUCGUCGGGGCCGGAGAAUUGAGCGGCGGCGUGUCUAAGAAAAGUGUUUAAGAAAAUGCUCAAAGCAAGCAACAGUAACCGAAACAGAAACAGAAACGGAAACAGAAUCCGCCGAAUUCGUUUUCGCAUUCGCAUUCGAAUCAUCUGUUCAGAUACAUGAAAAGUGCCGCCUACAAAACAAAACUUGACAGCAACAGCAACAGCAACAACAACAGCAAUAACGACAACAACUAGAACGGCAGCAGCAGCAGCAACAGCAUAACAUAUUAUUCGUAUGUAUGAGUGUAUAGCCAAAAGAAAUUAAAUUAAAUUCGCAAACGGAGCAACGGCGAAAAAAUCAAAUUAUAAUUGCAUACACACACACACACAGACACAUACAUAUAUAUAUACAUAUAUACAACUACACAUCUAUGUACUACAUACAUACAAGUGUAUGUGUGCUCUAUGUAAAAUAACUUUGUGCUCUGCCCAACCAAAGUGUCGUCUACGUGCGUGAGUCCGUGUGUGUGUAUGUGUGCGUGUGCGGGCGUGCGUCUGUGUGCGUGUGCGUAUAUUUCAUGUGAAAACACUUUUGUUGUUGUUCUUGGCACACACACGACAUUCAUACAGAAUUUUUUUGCGCGCGUUUCCACUAGUGUGCGAGUGUUUCAAUUUUUUUUGUUGUGCACUUUUUUUUUGUCGUGUUAAAGGUUGCAGCAGCACCAUCGCGAGGGCAACUGUUGCACAAACUCAAUCAGAGAGCGAGAGAUGGCAUAAAAAAUAAAAGCUACAACGAACGCAGCAGCAAUAACAAUAACAAACAACAACUACAACAACAACAACAACAACAACUACAGCAAAAGCAAUAGCGACAACAGCAGCAGCAGCGAUUGCGCGCCUUUUUUAUGCAUACACACACAUACAUUUGCAUUAAUGUUAUUGUGUGUGUUUAACUUUUUUUUUGGGUUUUUUUUUGUUACUCUCGUCUCUGCAUAAUAAAUGAGACAGAGAACAACAACAACAACAACAAUAGUAACAACUAAACACAUGUUGAUGUGUGUUGUUCAAAUUUCAAUUUAGUUAGAGAAAAGCAAAAAAGGCGCGCCCAGAUAAGAUACAGUUAGGCGGAAGAGCCAGCAACAACAAGAACAGCAGCGAACAGCGACGGCGACGGCGACAGCGACUGCGACUGCGACAGCAGCUUCACCUGCCAAAGCAAAGCUUACAGUCUCAGAAGACGACAAAACUAACAUCAUCAGCAGCAGCAGCAGCAGCAACAACAACCGCAGCGCGGCAGCAGAAGCAGAAAAAGAAGAGAAGAGCAGCGCAGAGAAGAGCAGAGCAAAAAGCACAGCUAGAAUUGCGCUGCGACGGUGGCGACGACAGUCGCUGAAGAAUAUGCGACUGUCACACAUGUGUUGUUCUACAGCCUCAACAGCAGCAGCAGCAGCAGCAGGUGUGUCUGUGUGUGCGCGCGCGUCUCCGUGUGUGUGUGUUACAUAUUUGCAGCGACAACAACAACUAUCAGCCACUUUGUAAAUGAAAGCAAAACACACACAACAACAACAAAAAAAAAAGCGAAAACAAACGAAACAAGAAAAACAAAAAAAAAAACCCACAAUGUUAUACAUGCUUGUAAAGUGGCAUUAAAUUGCAACAAUAACAAAAAUCAACAACAGCAGCAGCAGCAACAAUAAUAAUAAUAAUAAUACAUGGCAACAGCGCCCACCAAGUGUCAAUAAAACAACAACUAAAGCAACAACAACAACAACACCAGCAAGAGCAACAACAGCAAGCAGAAGGUUGCUCGAACUCGAAUUCGAAGUUGAAGACGAACUCGAAUUCGAAUUUCAGUCUUCUUGCACCGCCGCCGGCGGCAAUCUUCAAAUUUUUGUGUCAACGCUGCACUUUCGAGCCUUGUGUCUUCGGCUAACGGCAUUUUUCGUAUUUAUUUAUUUUAUUUUUUUGUUGUUCCAUUCGUUUCAUUUUCAAUUCAGUUGUGUGUGGAUUUUUUUUUGCUGUUGUUUUAAUUUUUUUUUUUGUGAGCGGGAGGGGAAUGUGUCUCAAUUGUUGUUAAGUGAAUGGUGCGCUCGCAAAAAAUAAUAAAAAAAAAAGAAAAAAUCAAAUAAAAUCAGAAAGCUGAGUGAAUGCAGUGAAUCAAUCAAAUCCAUCAACAAUCGCCGCAUCUCAAUUUUGCAACUGCAACAGGAGCAACAGCAACAGCAACAGCAACAGCAACAACAACAGUAGCAAUAACUACAACACAACAGCAACAUGGAUUGUGAUUAUUCGAAAUUUCUAUACAAAAUCGGACCCGGCACCAUACCAUCUCCGUGGGCACCAGUGAAUGCCGGUCCUCCUGGUCCACUGGGAUCGGCAGACACAAAUGGCAGCAUGGUGGACAGUAAAAACUUGGAUGUUGGCGACAUGAGCGAUGACGAAAAGGAUUUGUCAUCCGCUGAUGCCGAGGGAGUCUGGAGUCCUGACAUUGAGCAAAGCUUUCAAGAAGCACUGUCAAUAUAUCCACCAUGUGGACGCAGGAAAAUCAUAUUGUCCGAUGAGGGCAAAAUGUAUGGGCGCAACGAGCUAAUCGCGCGAUACAUCAAAUUGCGAACCGGCAAGACGAGAACCCGUAAACAAGUGAGCUCUCACAUCCAAGUGCUCGCCAGACGGAAACUCCGUGAAAUCCAAGCCAAAAUCAAAGUCGAACCCAAUGGUGUGUCCUUGCAUUUACUCAAUGAGAAAGAGCAGACCCUGCAGGCCAUGAGCUCCAUGACCAGCUCACAAAUUGUCUCCGCCCAGGCGGCCAAUAAUCUUGCCCUGGCUGCCUCAGCGCUGACGGCGGGCGUGCACCAUUCGAAGCAUCUGCCGCAUCCCGCCCACCACAGUCACAGUCACAGCCACCCAAGCCACCAUCACCACAGUCACAGCCACCCAAGUCACCUCCACCACAGCCACAGCCACCCAACACACCACCACCACAGUCACAGCCAUAGCCAUAGCCACCAACAUCCGCACCAUCAUCAUCAGAUGGGCGUGGCAGCUGCAGCCGCCGCUGCUGCCGCCGCCGCCGCUGCAGCUGCUGCCGCUGUGGCCCAGUCGCCGGCAGCUGCCGCUGCAAGUGGUGGUGCAACGACUGCUGCUGUUGGUGCUGCUGGUGGCGCCACAUCCAAUGCUGUUGCAGUGUCGUCGUCGUUGUCGCCACGACACCACAACAAUGCCCACCAUUCCCAUCACAAUCUACCGCACCACCUGCAUCUGCACCAUCAUCAGCAUGCAGCAGCGUCCGUUGCAGUCUAUCACCUGCAACAACAACACCACCAACAACAACAGCACCAGCAACAACAACAGCAGCAGCAGCAUUCGAGUGGGGCAACAGCAGCAGCAACAACAACAACGACAACAGGUGGCGUGUCACCAACUGUGGCCGAUGGUGGUGGGGGGGUUGCGGCGGCACAUGUGAUGGCAAGGCAACCGCCACCGCCGCCGUUGCACCAUCCGCCGUUGUAUCCGGGCCAAUUUUGGCAACCCGGUCUACAGCCGAGCACAUCGCAAGAUUUUUAUGAUUACAGCAUCAAGCCCUUCGCCCAGGCGCCCUACACACCUGGCAAACCCUCGACGGCGGUGUCCGGCGAAAUCGAGGCCGGUAUUCCGUCCGCACAGUUGCCAUGGGAGGGUCGUGCCAUUGCCACGCACAAAUUCCGCUUGCUCGAGUUUACGGCCUUCGUGGAUAUCCUCAGAGACGAGAUCUAUCACCGACAUCUUUUCGUGCAGCUAGGCGGCAAGCCAUCCUUCUCCGAUCCGCCACUUGAGACUGUUGACAUUCGACAAAUAUUUGACAAAUUCCCGGAGAAAUCCGGCGGUCUCAAAGAUCUCUACGAAAAGGGUCCACAGAAUGCGUUCUACCUUGUCAAAUGUUGGGCGGAUCUCAACACGGACGUAACGACUGGCAACGAAUCGGGUGAUUUCUAUGGCGUCACAAGCCAAUAUGAAAGCAAUGAGAACAUUGAGCUUGUGUGUUCGACAAUCGUUUGCUCCUUUGGCAAACAAGUUGUGGAAAAGGUGGAGAAGGAGUAUUCACAUCUGGAGAAUAAUCGCUACGUGUAUCGCAUUCAGCGCUCGCCAAUGUGCGAGUACAUGAUCAAUUUCAUACAGAAGCUGAAGAAUUUACCUGAACGCUAUAUGAUGAACAGUGUGCUCGAGAAUUUUACAAUAUUACAAGUAAUGAGAGCGCGUGAAACGGAAGAGACACUGCUAUGCAUAGCGUAUGUGUUUGAAGUGGCAGCGCAGAACACGGGAACCACGCACCACAUCUAUCGCCUUAUAAAGGAAUAGCAUGAGCUGCACGAAGCAGCGUCCACUCUGUCCGCGAACCCCACCAAUGCACAAAUCAGCGAAUACAGCAACAGCAACAGCAACAACAUCAGCAACAACAACAAUACGAGUAGAAGCCACAACAACAGUAGCAGCAACAACACCAGUACCAACAACAACAACAACAACAGUAGCAACAGCAGCAAUAACAACAGUAGCAGCAACACCAGCAGUAGCAACAACAAUAACAAUGCCAUCAAGAGCAACAACAACAACAGCAGCAGCAACAUCAUCAGCACAAAUGUAACAACAUCAACAACAACAGGAGCAACAACAGGAACAGGCACAGAGGAAGCACACAGCACGACAACGCUGCAAGGCGGCAGCCAGGAAACGGUUUCGACGAUCAUUAAGCAAUCGCCAACAUCGCCGCAGCAACAGCAGCAGCAGCGGUUGAGUGGGAUUGCAGGUCUGCAAGUGGAUGAAGUGCUUUAUGCGCAGGUGCAGCCUGAGAACAACUACCAGCUGCAACAACAGCAACAGCAGCAGCAACAACAACAACAACAACAAUUGCAACAACAGUCGCGUCUAAGCACACACUUAUUGCUGCAGCAGCAACAACAGCAGGCCACACAGCGGCAACAUCAACAGCAGCAGCAACAUCAACAGCAACAGCAACAACAGCAGCAACUUGUUACUUACCAGGACCGUCCACCGCCGCCGCCCUACAACGUGUGCAGCAAACAGCCGCCGCCACACCAUCCGCAACAGUUCGAUGAGGAGCAACAACAACAACAGCAGCAGCAACAUCAGCAACAUCAACAGCAGCAGCAGCAACAGCAACAAUUGAAUACCUAUGAACAGUUUUUGAAACUGUCAGCACAGGAAUACACGCAAUUGAAUGCAGCUGCCGAGAGUGCGGCGCUCAAUUUGAGCAGCAUUGGCGUUGGCAAAUCUGUCGAUGAAGAUGCCACCGUCGAAUCAUCGUCAACAGCAACAGCAAUAACAACAACAACAACUCACGAGCUGCGCAUGCUGCGGCAGGCGAAUGUGGCUGCUGCCAUGGCUGUGGUUGCUAAUGUGGCUGCCAAUGCGAAUGUUGAGCCCGUCAAUGACACCGAUUGCGAGCCGUAGGAGGAGGAGGAGGAGGAGGCUUAUUAUUGUAGAAUAUAUAAGAAUAAUGAUUGAUUGAUUGAUUGAUUGUAGUGUGAGCAUAUAGUAGGAAAAGGUCAGCAACACACACACACACACACUAAAUGCAACACGCAAGUCUUGAUUUCUUUAUGAUGAUGGCACGAAAGAAAGCCAGCCUGUACCUUGAAUUUAAUAUCUUUGUCGAAAUUCAAUUGAAUGUUGCCUUUAAGACGAGACUACUACACGAGACAAUCCUUUCUCCAGCUGAAAAAAAAACAACAACAAAAAAAUAUCUAUUGUAUUUGUAUUUUUGUUCUGUGUUCCGCUGUAAAGUGUUGCUGAGGCUCUUUUGUUGUUUUUGCUUUUUAUAUCAUUAAUUUUUUUUUGAUUUUUUUGAUUGGUUUAGUUUGUUGGUCAUCAUUGAAACGAACGUAAAAUUCUGCAUACAUAUUUACAUACAUGAAAAAAAUACAUUUAAAUGAUCUCAAAGUUACUUAAAACAUAUUUUUUGUGUGUAAUUUGUAUUUGUAUUUUUUGUUUUGUUUUAUUUUUUUUUCUCCCCUUUAUUUAAUUAUUUUAUUUGCUAUUUUCGAGUGAAUGUAAAACGAAGCCGUUGUCGUGCGCUGAUUUCUUUUGCAAUUUUUAUCAGAAAAUUGAAACCUAAUUUUAAACUGCAAUUUAAAAUAUCAAAUAUUGUACAACACACAAAAACAAAAAACAAACAAAAAAAACACCAACAACAAACAAACAAACAAAAAAAAAACGCAUAUUUUUUUUGAUUUUUUUUUUUGUUCAUAGCUAUUAGAGAAGUAUGAGAAAAUAAUAUGUAUAGUAAUAUUACAUUAGUUUUAUGUUUAAUUAAUUGUAAAAGCGCGCCAAGUUGUUUAAGCCCCACACAAACACACACACACACACAUUGAAUAUUGAUGAAUUGACAGCUGGACAGACACAGGUUAGGUUUUUGGAUAGGAUUAGUUGAGCUGGAAUUGGAGUUGGAGUGGGAGCUGAGAGUGUGCAUUGCCUUUGGAAGAAGAAGAAUAAGAAGAAGACGAGUACGAAUUAUACCGACAUGCAAUACUAUAUAGAAUAUAGUACAUAUAGUAAUGCAUAUGCACAACACAGAAAGAAUCAAACUCGAAAUUGCAAAACACUUUUCUCUCAAGUGACUGUUAAACAACAAAUGAAUGAAGAUGAAAACACACACACACACACAACAAAUAUAAGAAACAAACAAAAACAAAAAAACUAAAACAAAUCAAUAGCAUGCAUAAAGAAAAUGAAUUGUGCGUGUGGUAACCACGAUGUUAUUUCUCUAUUUCUUACUUAUGAUGUAUGUAACUAUAGUAUAAACGUAUAUGUAUAUGUAAAACAAUUCAUUUAAGCAUGAAUCGAACGAUCCACCGUUAUAUAAAUGAUUAACUAUUGAUUUAAAUGCAUUAUCUUAUACGCAAAUCUAUACGAAAAGCAAAAACACAACAAAAAAAAAAUCAAAAAUCCAAAAAAAAAAAACAAAUACAAAAAAAAACCAAGAACAAAUUCAUUGUCUCAAGUGCUCUCGCAAAUCCAGCGAUAUUUCGCAAGCGAUAUUCAUCGACCCCAACAGCAAACACCCCAGCGGGAACUCACGCUCGCUUCAAAAGAAAAUUCCAAAGGCUGCUGGGAUACGCAACUGUAUCGUGAUCGAAAUGCCAUACAACAACAACAAAAAAAAAAAAACCAACAACAAUAUACAAUUUUAAAAUCCUCAUCAAAAUCCGUGCUAUUUUGCUGUGCUCCUUCAAUGGGAUAUUUGAUCGGGUGAUGAUGAUCUUCUGGCCGUUUGCUUUUGGGGGGAGGGGAGGCGAAUACAAAGGAUUGCGACAGAAAACUUGGCGAAUUACACCGAUAAUUACAAAGCAUUACAAGUAAAGAAAAAAAAAACGAAAAAAAAAAACAAAACAACAAUCUUAAACAUAAAAAGAAAGAGAAAAAAUAUAAAAAGUUAAGAGAAAAAUAAACUAAUACUAAAUUAAAGUAAAACAAAUGUAUUGUAAAUGUAAAAUAGCAUCGUUUUCGUAUGUAUAUGUAGCUACUAAGGCUAAACUAUAAACAAAAAAACCUACAACUAAAAACUAAACUAUAACUAAAGGUAAAGAAAGUAUAAUACAUAUUUAUAAAUGUAAAGUAUUUCGUUGUUGUACGAUUAAAACAAAUACGCAUUUUUUUUGUUAGUAAUUAAACGAAAUUCAAACUGCAUGCAAAAUUUAAAUGAAAUGAAUUCACAUGCAGAGCGAGAAAGAGAGAUAAAUAGCGAUAGAGAUGAAGCAUAAGAUAGAGCGAGAGAGAGAGAGAGAGAUAUGAAGAGAGAAGGAAAAUUUGUACAUUUAUCGCAUAAACAAUAAUUGAAAAAAAAAAUACAAUACUAAGAAAAAUAUUGAAGAAGAACUUUGAUCAUACAAAUAUUAGUAUAAAUGACACACACACAUACACACACACACACAUACACACACACACACCAAUACACACACAUACUUGAAAAGGGGUAAAAUGUAACAAUAAUACAUAAUAAAUCGAAAGAAUGAGAAAAAUACUGUUUUAAACAAUUUUUAAUCACGCAACAGUUACAAUUACAAAUUACAAAAAUAAAAGAACAUGAAAUGUAACUACAUAAAGUAAAAAAACGUAAAAUCGUAAAUACGAAGAUGAAAAUGAAAUAAAAUAGUGCCUAACAGAAGCAAAGUAUUACAAGCCAAGGGGGGCGUGCCUCGAAGUGCCGCCCACUUGUUUCAAUCACGAAUUGUGCGAUUUAUUUCCAAGUCAAAUCCAAGUUAAUAAUACAAACACACACAAACAGAGAGAGAGAGAGAGAAAUAUUGUAAUUCUACAGGUGGUUGUGCUUCAGUUCGAUUGGUUUCCAAAAAUGCUUAAUCUCACACACACACACACACACACACACACACAUUAUUUAAGAAGAAGAAUCUAAACAGCAUCCAUACAGUAUGAGUAACUAACUCUCAAGUUAGUGUCCACAUUUAAGAACUUAGUUUAAAGCAUAUUUGUUGUAUAUUAUGCCCCGCCCCCCGUCCACCUUCCCCGCCAGCCAACAACAACAACAUCAACAAUAAUAACCAAUCAAUCCCAACCCACAAAGCAAACGGAGCGCUACUUAGUUUUAAAAAAAAAGAAAAUCCUAAAUUCUUCGAUCAUAUUUUAUUAAAAUGCAAUUUUAAUUUGUUCAAAGUUCACCUUCCAAUAUGCAAUAACAAUUUGUUGUAAGCAAAAAUCUAUGUACACAUAGAGUUACUAAAUAUAUGUGCAAAAGCAGGACAUGUGUAAUGUUUUUAAUAGUCCUUCCUCCUCCCUUUCCACCUGCCUUUCUACUCCAGCAUAUCAUCUUUUUGCCAUCUCCUUACCUUAUCUUUUAAUCCUGUCCCCCCCUCCGCAUCCUUUAGCCAGUCCGAUAUAAAUUUUAAGUUAUGUUUUUUUUUUUUGGAUUUCGCUAAACAGAAAAUAUAAUUUUGUUCGUGUGAAGUACAUUGUAAUUUAUGCAGACACUCUACUACAUAAUAAGCAAGAUUGAAUUACGAUCAUCAUCAUCAUCGAUCAUCAGCGAUCAUCAAGAUCAUCAGCAAACAUCAUCAUCAACAAAUUCAGAAAACACACACAUCAGCAGCAGCAAAUAAUAGUGCUUAAAUCAAUUAUUAAUAAAUUUAUAAAUAGAUAUACAGAUAAAUGAUAAACAAAACAAAAACCAAAAAAGAAAAAAGAAAAAAGAAAGAAACAACUGAAAACAAUAACAAAUCAAGGAUGAACAGUGAAUAUGUAAAACAAUAAAAUUGCAGUUACUUAUAUUUACAUAAAUGAUUGCAAUCUAUGAAAAAUA